AUGUCUGACCAGGACGAAUACGAUGUCGAAGCAGUUUUAGACCGAAGAAUAAAGAAUGGUCGAGAGGAAUACGAAAUAAAUACAAUAGGCUAUGAACAAACAACUUGGGAACCGCGUUCCAAUUUAAGCUGCAGCAAAUUACUUCGUGAAUUUCUCGAUAAAAUAAACCCCAAGGCAACUGAAACACGAAAAAAGCUUAAACAAAUCGGUGACGACGAAGAAGUAGCUUCAGACUCCAAUUCCUCAUCUUCAGAAGAAGCUAUGAUCACCAUCGAUUGUGACGAUUCUGACGAUUCUGACGUGGACACGGGCAAACCUCUUUCACCUCUUACAGAUGCGAAAAAGGAAUUUUUAGCGAAGUUGGGGAUGAAAACAGUUACUACUAAACCACUAACAAGAUCAUCAGCAUCAAAAUCCACCCAACAUCGAGAAAUUAUAAAAUCUUCGCAAAGAAGUAGAAAAUCGCAUUCGAUCUCUAACUCGGACUUUUUAUUGAGAAAACCCCAGCUUCGAAAUCCGACUGCAAACAUCCAAAAGAAAACGGUGAACGGAAAAGAAACCGUAAAGAAACUGACAUCUGCUAUCAGAAGAACACAACUGGAAGAGAAAAGUAAAAUCAGGGAUUUACGAAAUUCAAUGAAUACAAGAUUUACGACCACUGCUAGCACUAGUUAUCAUAAUAAUGACAAUACAAAAGAUGAUAUCAUAAAGAAGAAGCUUUGGUCUUUGAAAAUCCCUAAAAAAACGCCUAAUGAAAUAAAGAUGUCGGAUUUAUUCUCAGAAUUGAAUCAAAAUCAAGAUCAAGCCUCUACAUCUUCAAAUACUUUAAAAGAAAAGGUUAUUAAAUCAUCCAACCAAAAAAAAGAAAAAUCUGAUAGAUAUAUUGCACAAAUUGAAAUUGAAUCUUUAAACAUACCAGAUGAAAAAUUAUUUGCGACGUUAGAAUCUGAGGACGAAGUUUAUAUGGACUAUAUAAUAGCCGAGUCAUAUGUUAUCGACUUUCUCAAAACGAGAUGCAUUUCCAAAACAAUAUUGCAUAUAAUGACAUCGUUAUCUAACAAUUAUCAAUUUGAGGCUGAAAUCGAAAAGUUAAAACUUGGAAAUAUGGCUGGCAUAAUCUAUCUUCCAAGAAUUGAACCUGACGAUGUUGUUAUUGUAUGUGCACCUUCCUCGAACCUUUGCACAGAGCUUAAUGAACAGUUUACAUGGGAAAAAAAAGCAGUCAUCUUUAGAAUGCCUUUUAGACGCUUUUCAGAGGAAAUGUCUAAGUAG